UGGAAGCUCGGGAAACUACUCAUACUUACUUACAUACUUCCUUACCUUGCCCAAGCUUGACUUCUACCUUGACACCUUGUCGUGAACCUACUACUUUUGAUACUCAUCGGACUGAGCUGUUGCGCCUCCGCAAUGAAUACAGCUAAAUCUUUCUGGGCCGGUUGGGGCUCCCUUUGCCUUGCUGGCGCAGGUGCCUACUACUUUGCUAAGAAAAGCAUCAAUGCCGACCGAGCUCAGCGAUUCGAAGAGACCCAACGUAAGAAGCGCAUGAUAAACUCCCUCGAAUACUCCAACGACAACGUUUCGGCGCAACCGUCGUCGAGAUCGUCCGACGCCCCCGUCAGUAAUGAUGUCGCUGGCUCGCCGAGCCAGGAGGCAAGCUCUGAUCCCGCGCCAACAAGGCAUGCUCCUACAACCGAGUCCCAAAGGGUUUUCGAGAAAAGUAAAUACGAAAGCAGUACGCCUUUUAAGAGUCCGAAGGGGGAUCGUUUCUCGUGAGAUUGCUAUGCUUCAUCGUUCAAAACAUCGGGCGGCUGUACCUGAAAUACGCAUCUGUCACAAAUCAGCGUGGAAAUUGUACAUAUAUAGUGGUGUUUAUUGGCGCCUCAUUUUGAAUAUCUCAACUUUUCAGAUGAUUUUCUUUUUUGGUGCUGACUUUCGUCCGCUGUACCUGUGGAAACUGACCUAAGCUUGAAUUUCGGAACCAAGAUUUCUUCCCCUUAUCACAUUCCUACUCAAAGGGCCCAGGGCGUGUAUCUGAUGCCGCAUUCCAAAAUAUAAAAAGUAACCACGUUGGAAUAUGGAAGAUAUAUACUAGUGACCUCCAGCCCUAGUCGGCCUGGUUGUAACUUCUUUUUACAUCUCGAAUAUAGAUGAUACUAGCGCUUCCUGAUAUGUCAAUAUCCCUUACAUGUGGCUAUUCAGCUGCUCAGGGCGGUACCUAAGCCUCUACAAGCCUACAACGGGCGUCGACAAAUCACAACUGUGCUGGCUCGACAGAUUUUGAACAUGGGAGACAAGGUAGAUUUCAAGGCUGCAAACGUGUGUUUAUGGAAAGCACUGUGAUGCAGUGACUAGCCAUAGUAGAUAGUAGAUAUAUACACACUGACAUGAAGACUCGAUUUCACUUUUGCGGAAUUUGUUUUCACUAUUUGCGAAGCCUCUCUCUCACGGUA